AUGACUGUGAUUCAAGUGAUGGCGAAUUGGAGUCGUGAGCGGCUGUCGGGAACUGUCGGCUUGGAUGGGUGGAUGGAGACAGAGCAUCACAACGAAUUGGAGUCGUUGGCGGUGCCGAACUGUGUCGGGAUAUGUUUGGAGUGGCGGUGGUAUGAUAUUGUGACGGUGCUGGCGGGUUACCAGUCGGAGCCGAAGCUGGCGACGGAAGCCACCGGGAUUAUGCUACACACGACAAGCCUAAUUGCUUUCUACUUCCUUCUUUUUCUCGAGAUGAGAACCUCUAAUUGGAAUGAAUGCGAUGAUAAGAGACAAAAUAUGAAAUUUUCAUUCAGUAUUUCUCUUCUAAAAUCCAAGAUCCUCAGAUCCCCAACAAGCCAGCAAAGCCAGAGAAGAUCUUCCACAGCCGCAUCGCUGCAAACAAGGCAGAUCUUGGCCGCUUUCCCGGAGGCCUUCAAUCAGAAUCUGCCAUCGGAUCUCUCUAGGAUUUGGUCGCCCCUUUGCACCGCCGCGCCGCACUGCCGCUGCUGCGUUCGACCCUAG